UCAAGCUCUAGCCAGCGAGCAAACAAGAUCGGAGGCAUCGGCAGAACUAGUUACUAUACAUAUACAUAUAGACUCUAAAUAAUCAUUGAGAAAGUCUCCAAGAUAAAGGACCAACAAUCAAGCAAAAGAUCGAUAGCCGUCCAUUGAAUAAUUAUAUUUGACACUCACACACGUCUACGCGAUGGAUCGCGAUGACAUCUCUUCGACAUCGGGCGAAGCCAAAUCCUUGGAGGAAAUACCCGUAGCCCCUGGCUUGGAGUCGGGUCCUUCGAUAAGCUUUUGGCAAUUGUUUCGAUUCUCGACAUGGGGUGAACUCUUUUGGCUAUUCAUCGGUUUCAUCAUGUGCUGCAUCAAGGCUCUAACUUUGCCAGCUGUGGUCAUCAUUUAUAGUGAAUUCACAUCCAUGCUGGUGGAUCGUGCCAUGGACUAUGGUACUAGCUCCAAUGUAAAUGCCUUGCCUCUAUUUGGCGGUGGCAAAGUAUUAGUCAAUGCCACACGGGAGGAGAAUAAUUCCGCUUUAUAUGAUGAUUCCAUCUCGUAUGGCAUAUUGCUAACCAUUGCAUCGGUUGUUAUGUUCAUAUCGGGUAUAUUUUCGGUGGAUAUAUUCAAUUUUGUUGCUCUGCGUCAGGUAACACGGAUGAGAAUUAAAUUAUUUACGGCCGUAAUGCGACAAGAUAUUGGCUGGCAUGAUUUGGCCAGUAAACAGAACUUUGCCCAAAGCAUGACUGAUGACAUUGAAAAAAUACGUGAUGGCAUAUCGGAAAAGGUGGGGCAUUUUCUUUAUCUAAUUGUCGGUUUCAUUAUAACGGUGGCCAUAUCUUUUGCCUAUGGCUGGAAAUUGACCUUAGCUGUCAGUUCGUAUAUACCCCUGGUCAUAGUGGUCAAUAUUUAUGUGGCCAAGUUUCAAGGUAAACUGACGGCCCGUGAACAAGAGUCAUAUGCCGGAGCUGGCAAUUUAGCUGAAGAGAUUCUGAGUGCCAUACGCACAGUGGUCUCAUUUGGUGGUGAGAAGGCGGAAAUUGAACGUUUUGAGAAUUUCCUAGUGCCCGCCCGUAAGGCAAGUCAAUGGAAGGGUGCCUUCUCGGGUCUAUCGGAUGCUGUAUUGAAGUCCAUGCUCUUCUUAUCCUGUGCCGGUGCAUUUUGGUAUGGUGUAAAUCUUAUUCUAGACGAUCGUAAUGUUGAGGAUAAGGAAUAUACUCCAGCUAUUUUAAUGAUUGCCUUCUUUGGCAUUAUUGUGGGAGCUGAUAAUAUUGCAAGAACUGCACCAUUUUUGGAGAGUUUUGCCACUGCCCGAGGAUGUGCAACGAAUUUGUUCAAGGUCAUUGAUUUGCCAUCUAAAAUUGAUCCCCUGUCGACAGAUGGCAAACUCUUGAACUAUGGUUUGAGGGGAGAUGUUGAAUUUCAGGAUGUCUUCUUUCGCUAUCCCUCACGACCAGAGGUUAUAGUUCAUCGCGGCUUGAACAUCAAGAUACGGGCUGGUCAGACAGUGGCUCUGGUUGGUUCAUCGGGUUGUGGUAAAUCGACAUGUGUCCAAUUGCUGCAGAGAUUCUAUGAUCCAGUUUUUGGUUCGGUACUUUUGGAUGAUUUGGACAUCAGGAAAUACAAUAUACAAUGGUUGCGUUCAAAUAUUGCCGUUGUGGGACAAGAGCCAGUAUUAUUCUUGGGUUCAAUAGCGCAAAAUAUCAGCUAUGGCAAACCAAAUGCCACACAAAAGGAAAUCGAAGCGGCGGCCACUCAAGCAGGAGCUCAUGAAUUUAUCACCAGUUUGCCCGAGAGCUAUCGGACUAUGAUAGGUGAACGUGGCUCUCAAUUAUCUGGUGGCCAGAAGCAACGCAUUGCCAUUGCCCGUGCUUUGAUACAGAAUCCGAAGAUUCUUUUACUCGACGAGGCAACCUCUGCCCUGGACUAUCAGUCGGAGAAGCAGGUGCAACAGGCUCUGGACUUGGCUAGCAAAGGACGCACUACCAUUGUGGUAUCACAUCGUUUGUCUGCCAUCAGGGGUGCCGAUAAGAUUGUUUUCAUACACGAGGGUAAGGUCCUGGAGGAGGGCUCACAUGAUGAUCUAAUGGCAUUGGAGGGUGCCUACUACAGUAUGGUGCGGGCCGGGGAUAUUCAAAUGCCCGAUGAUACGGAAAAGGAAGAGGAUAUCGAUGAAACUAAACGCAAAAGUAUGGCUCUAUAUGAAAAAUCCUUUGAGACGAGUCCCCUCAAUUUUGAAAAGAAUCAAAAGAAUAGCGUACAAUUCGAUGAACCGAUUGUUAAACUUAAUUCCAAGGAUACGAAUGCCUCGCAGCAGGCGAAUGAACCAGCCGAGAAGCCCAAUUUCUUUCACAUUUUCGCCAGAAUAGUUCGUCUCUCUCGUCCCGAAUGGUGUUAUCUAAUUUUGGGUGGCAUCAGUUCCAUAGCUGUGGGAUGCCUCUAUCCAGCUUUCUCUGUUAUUUUUGGUGAAUUCUAUGCUGCUCUGGCAGAAGAAGAUGAAAGUGUUGCCCUCAGCCGCACUGCUGUACUGUCCUGGUCCUGUCUAGGAUUGGCUGUCAUUACGGGAUUGAUUUGCUUUCUGCAAACAUAUCUAUUCAAUUAUGCUGGCAUCUGGUUAACCACACGGAUGCGAGCAAUGGCCUUUAAGGCUAUGGUCAGUCAGGAGAUCGGUUGGUUCGAUGAUGAACAGAAUUCGGUGGGUGCUUUAUCGGCACGAUUGUCUGGUGAAGCGGCUGGUGUCCAGGGAGCAAUUGGUUAUCCAUUGAGUGGCAUGAUUCAGGCAUUAUCCAAUUUCAUUUCCGGUGUUACCGUAUCCAUGUAUUACAGUUGGAAAUUGGCCUUAUUAUGUUUGGCCAAUUGUCCCAUUAUUGUUGGCUCAGUUAUUUUGGAGGCCAAAAUGAUGUCAACGGCUCUGGUGAGAGAGAAACAAAUUCUGGAGGAGGCUUGUCGCAUUGCCACUGAAUCCAUAGCCAAUAUUCGUACAGUUGCCGGCUUGAGACGUGAGGCUGAUGUCAUAAGGGAAUACACAAUCGAGAUCCAACGUGUGGAGAGACAAAUUAGACAGAAAUUACGCUGGCGAGGCAUUCUAAAUUCGACCAUGCAGGCAUCGGCCUUCUUUGCCUAUGCUGUGGCCCUCUGUUAUGGUGGAGUUUUGGUCUCUGAGGGACAAUUGCCAUUCCAGGAUAUUAUCAAAGUAUCGGAAACACUUUUGUAUGGUUCCAUGAUGUUGGCCCAAUCGUUGGCCUUUACACCGGCAUUUACCGCCGCCUUGGUGGCCGCUCAUCGUCUAUUCCAAAUCCUUGAUCGUAAACCACGCAUUGUCUCCCCAAUGGGUACUAUCAAAAAUACUUUGGCCAAGCAGUUGAAUCUCUUUGAGGGUGUGCGAUAUCGUGAUAUUGAAUUCCAUUAUCCCACACGACCGGAUGCCAAAAUUUUGAACGGUUUGAGCUUGGAGGUCCUUCGAGGUCAAACAGUGGCCCUGGUAGGACAUUCGGGUUGCGGCAAAUCCACAUGUGUUCAGCUAUUGCAGCGCUACUAUGAUCCAGACAGUGGUUCAAUUCACAUUGAUCACGAUGACAUCCAACAUGAUUUGACUCUGGACGGGGUACGCAGUCGUCUGGGUAUUGUCGCUCAGGAGCCAACACUGUUCGAGCGGUCCAUAGCCGAGAAUAUAGCCUACGGAGAUAAUCGACGUGCCGUCUCGAUGGCGGAAGUUAUAGCCGCUGCCAAGAGUGCCAAUGCUCAUAGUUUUAUAAUAUCCCUGCCCAAUGGCUAUGACACACGCAUGGGUGCUCGCGGUACUCAAUUGUCGGGUGGACAAAAGCAACGUAUUGCCAUUGCUCGGGCCUUGGUGAGAAAUCCAAAGAUUCUGCUGCUGGAUGAGGCAACUUCCGCCUUGGAUCUGCAGAGUGAACAAUUGGUCCAACAGGCCUUGGAUUCGGCCUGUUCGGGUCGUACUUGUAUUGUAAUUGCUCAUCGUUUGUCAACUAUACAAAAUGCUGAUAUUAUAUGCGUUGUACAGGGUGGUGAAAUUGUUGAACAGGGUAAUCACAUGCAAUUGAUUGCACAGGGUGGUAUCUAUGCUAAAUUGCACAAGACUCAGAAAGCAGAUUGAUUAGAAUUUGCAUGAAAAGAUAAAUAAGGCAAUUGAAGUAUUUUCGGAAUUGCCAAAUAAAUAUAUACAUUUAGAUAUCCAGGUAAAUCAAUUUAUAAAAUUGAUUGAAAAACGAACAUUGCAGAAAUUGUAUAUGUAAGUUAAAUGGGGAGAUGCAAAAAUCUCGUUCUCCCUGUUUACUCUGAUUAAACUUAUUCUCAAAAACAUGUUAAAAGGUCGCCUUACCUAUUGAAAAUAUUU